CUACUGUAUUGGGAAACAUGCAGGCUAACUGUUGACAUUUGUGUUUAAAAAUAGUUUAAAAGGCAAUCGAGCUCUUCGUUCUCAUUGUUUCUCGUUAGAACUUAUGUCUCAUUUACAGAUCGUAAAGCUCGUUCAAAAGCUUCAACUUUCAUCCUGGGAAGACUUUUUUUUAUCCACGCAUUUGCAAAAAAAAUAGCACGUAGUUGUUUUACAAACAAAGCACAACGCUGUUGUUCUUGAACGACGCCCAACACAGGAGAGCUGACAAAAGUGAGUGUUUGCGGAAGAUUCAGGGACACUCCGUCAGUGUGUGUGUCAGACUCUGAGGAUGAAGAUUGCCGUGCUGGGAGCCACUGGGCAGACUGGGCAGUUUGUGGUGAGCCAGGCGCUGCAGCAGGGCCACGCCGUCACCGCUCUGGUCCGGGACCCAGCCAAACUGAACAUGCACCAUGACAACCUCAAGGUGGUGGAAGCGAACAUCUUCUCGGCGGACAGCCUCAAGCCUCAUUUUAAAGGCGUGGACGUGAUCUUCUCAUGCCUGGGCUUCCCCACCUCCUUCUUCUCCAGUGUGACGGGAUACACCCUAUCCAUGAUGGCCGUGAUCAGGGCGAUGCAGGAGGCACGGGUCAACAGGAUCAUCACCAUGACGUCCUGGUACACUGACCCCAAUUCAGGAACUCAGUCGCCGUACCUGAUCCGCUUCCUGCUGCUGCCCCUGAUCCGAAGCGUCCUCACCAACAUGUUCGAGAUGGAGCAGUUUCUGCAGAGCGUCCACGACAUCAACUGGACCGUGGUUCGUCCGCCCGGUCUCAAGAACCUGCCCUCCUCAGCGCUGGAGGUCUUGACCCAUGAGGGUUACUUUGUGCCUGACAGCAGCGGCCGCCCGGUGGGUAGCACCAUAGGGCGGGGGGACGUGGCCCGCUUCAUGCUGUCCCUUCUCAACAAUAACGCCUGGGUCAGGAAGGGUGUCGCCAUCAUCACCAAAUGAGGAACGUCGACAUUGUACUGAUGACAUGAAGUCAUUCAUGACCUCAAGACAAAUAUAACAUGAAUGCCAUGUCUCCUAUGUUCUAAUCUGGAGAUGCUUAUUAUUUAAUUACACUGCACAUUGACCACUCCAUAAAGGGUUAACAAAUGGAUCCAUCAACCACUUUAGCAGUGUGCAAUAUGGUUAAUUAAUUGUGUUUAAAUGUAUAAAAUAUUGACCUAAAUUUGCUGACAAUUUAAUUAAAUUGUCAUUUAACUCAAAUGAAAUGUUGUCCUUCAAGAGUUAUAAGUACAUGUGAUUGCAUUACAUCCGGAGAGCGUUUAGAUUGACAUGCAGUACCACCUCCUGUCCUCUUGGCGUCGCUGCUAGUUUUGGUGCCUUUUUUUUUCACCACAAAAUUUCGCUCGGGUAAUAAUGUACUAUUCUUUACUAUUUACACAAUUUCUGGAUUUACAUAUUGUACCGAAGACUCACAAAUGAAUGCUGCUGGAAUGUCGCCUGGAAUGCUGUGGCGUCACAAGACGAUGUGACCUUGACUGGAAGCUGAUGAGUCCACAAGAUGCUGCGUAGGCCUACACACGCAAUCUGCUCAUCUCUGAGUUCACCUCUGUUGUUGUAACAGCUACAACAACUACAGGAUUCACACUUUUAAAGAUCUCUGUGUGCCUGGGCCACCAACGGCAUCGCCGCCAUACUCACCGAGCUCCCCUCCAGGGAUGGAGAAAUCUUUUGCCAGGAUGACAAACUUUUGGACCUUCUGGGCAUUGGAUAUGGCCUUGGCGUUGAUGCGCUCCAUGCCCUCCUGGAUGGCCUUGUAUACGGCUGGCUCCUUGUUGUCAAUGAUCUCUGACACCCUGGUGGCGCUGACGCCAAUCUGCUGGCAGAAUUCCAUGACCUCGUCGGUCAGCUGGUCCGUCGGUUCGCCGUUUUCAUUCACGACACACUGUGGCAGCGGACGGGAAGUUGAUUAUCGAUGGAGUUAUCAUCUUCAGCAAUGCACCGCAGCUUACUUUGAGCGUGAGCAGCAUGGACAGGAACUUGCGUCUGUCGCCAAUCAGCAUGGCGUUGCUGACGAUGUUCAUCUCAGCUUUCACCGAGUUCUCGAUCGGCACGGGCGCCACGUUCUCGCCUCCUGCAGUAAUGAGGAUUUCUGUGUGUGGAAGCCGAACAAACAUCAACAAACAAAUCACCGUAUUAUUUGAUUUCCCUACUCAAUAAUUGCAGCACCGAGUCAAUGAAAAGGAUGACAAAAUAAAAUUCCUCACCCUUUUUCCUUCCUGUGAUAAACAGGAAGUUUCGCUCAAACUUUCCCAGGUCACCAGAGUGCAGCCAUCCGUCUUGGUCCAGCGCCUCUGCUGUUUUGUCAGGCUUGUUGAGGUAGCCCAUGUAGAUGUUUCUGCCCCAGAAGCAGAUCUCGCCGUUCUCUUUGUUGUCUUGAUUGUCCAGCUUGACCUUGCAGCCCGGCAUGGCCUUCCCACAGCUGGGAAUGUUGGCAUGUUUCACGCUUGAUCUUUCUUUCCUCAAAUUCAGUGCCUCGCUGCUUACCUGCCCGUCUGGUAGUCGGAAUGUGUGGAGACGGUGUGCGGACCGCUGCUUUCGCUCAUGCCGUACAGUUCCAUCAAAGGCAUGUUGAGGCUCAUGAAAAACUCCAGUGUGUCUUUGGAGAUGGGGGCCGAGCCUGUGAACAAUAUCCUGCAGCGCUGCAGGCCCAGGGCGGCUUGCACCUUCUUGAAGACCACUUGGUUAGCCAGUGUGAAGCCCCAUGGAACACGAUUCUCCCUGUCAAUGCAAAUAUUUGAACAAUAAAGACAAGAACGGACAAUGCCAUUUGGAUCACAUGUGGAACUGGUCUGAAAUCAACCUGGACCCUGUCUCUGGUCUCUGGUCUCACCCGUGCAUGGCGCUGUUGUUGUACUGCAGUCCGAUGGACUUGGCCCAGUUGGCUGCUCUCUUCUUCAGUGGGGACGCCUUGGCUCCAGCAGCCUUCAUUUUCUCCUCCAUCUUCUCCCAAAUGCGAGGAACUCCAAGGAAGGAGGUAGGAGACACCUCUUUUAAUGUGGUUACCAAUGAUCCCUUCAGGGGAAAUGACAUACUCAUCAAAAACCCUUCAGAGUAUUUUCUUUAAGGACAAUAUCGGCUAACCUCACCUUGAGGGCGUCGGGUUCUGCGAAAUAGGUGGUGGCACCAAACCUCAUGGUUAUGUACAUGUCGUUGACUUGUGCUGCCACGUGGCUGAGCGGUAAAUAACUGACCACAGACUCCUCAGCAUAUUUCAGGUCGACUAUGAGUCCUGCUUGUUGGGCCGUCCACGUGAGCUGUUCAUGAGGAAAACAAAGCUGUUACCUAAAGAUCUCCUGUUCUUUUGGUCACGACCAACAAAAAACCCAAUGACUGUUGACGUGGCAUCAGUCUGUCUCACAAUCCAUCUUUCCAUUUCUUGAACUUGGACGCUCUGGGGGGGAAGCUCAUUUCCACUCUGUAUCUGCUAUCUUUCCGUUUUUACCCACAAAAACCUUCUCGCCUGCUGAUGCUGCCAUCUUUCACGCGGGGCGGGCUCUUCUAUCUAGGGGCGGGUCAGGAGCGGUAUCAUGUCCAUGGGGAAGGCAGUUUUGCCUUCAUGAAUCCCCAAUUGCCCUGGAGACAUUAAAACAGGGGUCUCAAACACACUAGUUUGAGGCCCCCGCCUUGAAAAUUUAAUGUUAGUUUGAUAUGGAUGCUGUAUGGUAUCAUGUACCCAGAAAAAAUUAUUACGUUUGAUUAAUGUUCAUGUUAAAGGUUAAAUAACUGUUAAUAGUUAUCCUCCCUAUCCGUGUGGAAGUGGUAAGUUUUUGGCUAUUUAAGUUGAAAGGAAAUAACUUGAAGGCUACCGUUUAGGUCGCUAGCUCUCUAGUUUGUGAGUUAGCAUGUGUCUCAAGACCCUGCAGUUGUGCAAUAUGUUGUAAAUAAAAAAAAGUAUAAAUGUGACUAUAGUCGUGUUUUGUCAUGUCUACAGGGCUCUAAUAAUGCUUUGUUCAUUUUAAUCUGAAAAAAAUAAUU